AGCUAUCCGAAAAGCAGAACCGGAAGUAUGUAUAUAAGGGCUAUACCAGACCCAGAAGCCCUCUCACUUAGAACGAGUAGGAGUCAGUUUGGUUUGGACGUGGUCGUCACCUGCCUGGAAUUAACCCCCAAGACGGAGAAACGAGGGGUGGAGCCGAACAAUGGUGCAGCUUCCAUCAUCUCCAAAGAUGGGUGUCACUCAUCUCUCUGAGUCGCCGGAGAGCAAGGAACGACGGGAAGACACCGUGAUGGUUGGAAGCCCAAAGGGAGAUGUUCCCGCCAGCCUGUGCGUCUUGGAGAGCUUUGAAUUCCCCGCAGCCUAUCACGGGUAUGAAAGCUACAUAGAAGACGGCCUUAUUUGCCUCAAACAUAAAGUUCGCAACUUGGAGAAAAAGAAGCUGAAACUGGAGGACUAUAAGAAGAGGCUUGACUGUGGUGAGACUCUUAAUAAAGACCAAAUGGCCGCCGUUGAUAAAUAUGAGCGGGUGGUGCACAAUCUGGAGUUUGCUCAGGAGCUACACAAAACCCUGGAAAGCUUGACACAAACUCUGCUGAGGUCGCAGAAGAGAGCAGUAAAGCGUGAGCAAGUGGUGAGGAUGGAGGAAGAGAAGAGGCAGCUAAACAUAGUGCUUCAGAUCCAGCACCUCCUUAGCAGCCUAGAGGAGGAGCAUGUAAAGAAAGACCUGCUUAACGGACUCAACCAGGCACCCUACCUUCCAGCCCAGAAACUGCACAACCUGAGCCAGCUUGCCAACUUGCUUGCAAUGAGGCAGGAUAACAGUUUAAGUUUAGCACAGAGGAUGGAGCAAGCAACUCUGAUCUACAUGGACCUUCUGGAGGGAAAAGACAAACCUGUGGCUGGAUCGACAUUUAAACUGCUCAAAGAGGAUCUCACCAGACUGCUGAACUGCAAAUACUUCACUUGUCUUCCUUCCAAAAAGACUCCAGACAUAUCAAAGAUGACACCCUCUGAAGUUUCGGGGGAGACUCUAGCUGCUCUGAACCGGAAGGGCGAGUUCCAGGUCAUGAGCGUAGAGGAACCUCCUGACUGCUGGGAUUCAGAUGGAGGCACGUCACCUAAAGUUGCAGUCCACAAGCCAUGGAAAGGAGCAGCCACCUUGAUCCCCAAAGUCCCAGUUACUGACAAAAGCAAAACGGCUGGCAGCAGAAAGGAAAAAGAAAGGAAAACUAAAAGAAGGCAAACUACCAAGACUGAUGACCACAUGGAUUUACCCGGACUAAAAAGCUCCCUGUCAACCUUAUCCAAAGACCCUAUCCUGAGGAAACAGCACUUGGAAAAUCUAAUGAUGAAUAUUUGUGGCUCUUUCAGUUUUAUGCAGAAUUCUCUUCUGGAUUGUGAGUCAUUUCCAGAUGAUGGAAACUCGAGAUUGAAAAGGGCGCCAUCUGAAUCGUCCUCUCCUUUGGCUCAGAGACAUUCAAGAAGCUCAAGUGAUGCCCAUCCAAAGGAAUUGCAUUCCACCCCAAUCUCCACCAGGCUUCUCGAACGAAAAAGCAGUCUGACAAAUGGCGAUCAGUACCUAAAAAGCUAUGGACUGGAGCUUUCCUCCGAUGCCUUAGGUAGUGGUGCCGAGGUAGAGCCCAGGUACACCACGUCUAGCACUCAAACACCACCCGAGUUUGCUCCAUCAGAAGAACAGUCACAGCCACGGGGGGGAACUAUUCAGGCUCAUCUCAAGAACUCUGACCCUCUCUUCUGUGCUUCAAGAAACUCUGGAUCCCACCAUAUAUACGGAUGUGGAGGAGAGCAUCAUUCCAGUGCAGCCUGGAGUGAGUCCUCAAAGGUUAGCAGCCCAGAGCGUGAGGGCGAAUUCACAAUGGUGGAUUCAGGACAUGGUGAUUCCCUCCCCGUCUCCAUCUUAGAAUUUCCACAUAGUCCUCGCGGCCACCAUCACGCCGCUCUACUCCCUAUGCAACUCUAUCCCGUCUCCCAGCCGCUGCGAGUGGCAUUCACCGCCUCUCGCACCGCCAAUUUCUCCCCGGGCAACUUAGACCAGCCCAUUGUUUUUGAUCAGCUGCAUAGCAACCUCGGCGAGAUGUACGACAGCCACAUCGGUCGCUUCACCUGUCCUGUUAACGGCACUUACAUGUUCAUAUUUCACAUUCUUAAGCUCGCAAUCAACGUGCCACUUUAUAUCAACCUAAUGUGCAACGAAGAGGUGAUGGUGUCGGCGUACGCCAAUGAUGGCUCGCCGGAUCACGAGACGGCCAGCAACCACGCCAUCCUGCCUCUCUUCCAGGGAGAUCAGGUGUGGCUGAGGUUGCAUCGUGGCGCUAUUUAUGGAAGCACCUGGAGGUACAGUACCUUUUCUGGCUUUCUGCUCUACCACGAUUGAACUCCUGUCUGGUUCCUGGGUUUUGUAUCGAAGCGGAACUGGAUGACAUUUCUGGAGAGUAUUUGUUGUGAAAGGUCACCAAUUAAGCUUUUCCGGUACUCGUUAAAGCUCAGGAAGGAAGGACUGUUUUUGGUGGUGGGUAUGGUGUUGAACACAAGGCCAGUAUGUUGAAUUUAAAAAAAGAUGUCCAACUGGUCUCUUUUGUGUACCUCAAUAAAGUAUGAGC